ACACAACACAUUAUUGUCAAAAAGAUAUUCUCCAACACCUCUUACUCAGUAUCACUAGUUUACCUCAAACGGUCAAACAGAGGCAGAAAGGACUGUACACAACUCAAACAGAGGUGACAGACAGAAGACCUCAACCACAGAUCAUGGAAACAACAGCCUCCCUGUUCAAGACAGUGUCCCGGCGGGUAUGGUCGCCCCCUCAGCGUCCAUUCAGAGUCUGUUCCUGGAACAGAGAAGUCAAAAAAGGAGUCACUGCUGGAACUCUAGAGGAGCUCAAAGAGAAGGCAGCCCAGGCUCUCUUGAUAUCUACUGAGCUGACUUUGGUGUGUGAAGAGGAUGGGACAGAGGUUGACUCUGAAGAGUUCCUCUUAGCCCUGCCAGACAACAUCGUUUUCAUGGCCUUGACACCUGAAGAGAUCUGGAAACCUCACCCUUUACGUCAAAGGGGUGGAAACAAUCCAGGUGAUAGUAAACCAAGGACAGGAAAAGACAUUGCUCAGAUCACCUUUGAUCUUUACCGUACGAACCCCAAAGAUGUAUUCGGCUCGCUGAAUGUGAAAGCCACAUUCAAAGGGCUCUACUCUGUUAGUGCAGAUUUCCAAUGUAUGGGGCCAAAGAAAGUCCUGAGGGAGGCCCUCAGAGUCAUGUCCACUCUCCUCCAUGCUGCUGGACACUUACUGAUCUCAUCUGCUGCUGUGAUUCGCCGUAUCAUCCAAGGGGCGGAUCUUCUUCAAGCCCAGCAUGACAAAACUAUCAAGUAUUGGGAAUAACUAGAGAAACUUGGAAUUUAUAGGACAUGAAUCUGAGAUCAGGAAAGUAACUGAGGGAUGAUUUUUUUUUUUUCUGGAGGUUUUUUCCUAAAAUAUUUCCUAGAACAUUUUAUAUGAUAACUCGAUGGUUCUUUUUUUUUUUUUACAUUAAUGCAUUAGGUAUAAUGAAUGAACAACAAUUUUGUAAUAUUAAUUAAUCUAUGUAAAUGUUAAUUUAUACACCACACUUGGUGAUAAUUUAUUCCUCUGAUGGUAAACUGAAUUUUUAGCAGCCAUGAAUCCAGUCUGCAACAUGACAUCUUUUUCACAAAUGAUUCCAAUAUUUCUUAUUAAUGGGAAUCACGAAUGGAGGUUCAGAAGAACAGCAUUUAUUUGUUAGUUGAUACCUAAUACAUUAAAUUGUUAAUGGUGUUUAUUGUAAAUUGUACAUUGUUGGUUUAACGGUAAAUUGCUCCAGGAAAAUGCUUGUUUCUAUGAAAACUGCUCUUUAGGAGUGACUUUUU